AUGGCGUCUGUGGCCGCCUGGCUGCCUUUCGCCAGGGCAGCGGCCAUAGGCUGGGUGCCCAUCGCGAAUAAGCCCCUUCCCGCGCCGCCCAUUACCAAAGAGCAUCGCAAGCGCGAAGAUGAAAAAUUCAUAAUCAACGUAAGUGGUCGUAAAUUCGAAACGUGGCGAAAUACCGUAGAAAAGUACCCUGACACACUCUUAGGCUCCAACGAGCGGGAGUUCUUCUAUGAUGAAGACUGCAAGGAAUAUUUCUUUGACCGGGACCCGGACAUCUUCCGACACAUCCUCAACUAUUACAGGACGGGCAAACUACACUACCCGAAACAUGAGUGCCUCAUGUCGUACGACGAGGAACUCGCCUUUUUCGGUAUCAUCCCGGACGUGAUCGGCGAUUGCUGCUACGAGGACUACCGCGACAGGAAAAGAGAGAACGCGGAAAGGCUUAUGGACGACCGGUUGUCCGAAGCCAACGAGGCAGAUAACAUGCCACACGCCAAUAUCCGAGAGCGCAUGUGGCGGGCUUUCGAAAACCCGCACACAAGCACUGCGGCACUGGUCUUCUACUAUGUGACAGGUUUCUUUAUUGCUGUCUCGGUGUUCGCGAAUGUUUGCGAGACCCUCCCAUGCAGCACGAACGAUGCGACAGGUGAAAAGAUGUCAUGCGGCGAAACGUACAAGGCGGCCUUCUUCUGCCUGGACACGGCAUGCGUCAUGAUCUUCACUGCCGAGUACCUCCUGAGGUUGUACGCUGCUCCUGACCGUUGCAAGUACACCCGAAGUGUGAUGAGCGUGAUUGAUGUGGUGGCCAUCAUGCCCUACUAUAUAGGACUCGGCAUAAAGGACAACGACGAUGUUUCCGGGGCUUUCGUAACCCUUCGUGUAUUUCGUGUAUUCCGGAUCUUCAAAUUCUCUCGGCAUUCUCAGGGCCUCCGUAUACUGGGGUACACUCUCAAAAGCUGUGCCUCGGAAUUGGGGUUUUUGGUCUUUUCCUUGGCCAUGGCCAUUAUCAUCUUUGCCACCGUUAUGUUCUACGCUGAGAAAAAUGUCGAAGAUACUACCUUUACCUCCAUCCCUUCAGCCUUCUGGUACACUAUUGUGACCAUGACAACACUCGGGUAA